CCACAGCCAUGGCCCAGCGGUGGGACCCCCAAAGGCUUGCAGGUGGGCAGCCACAAGACAGCCAUGAAGACAGCACCCAGUCGAGCAUCUUCACCUAUACCAACAGCAACGCCACCAGAGGCCCCUUUGAAGGCCCCAAUUACCACAUUGCUCCCAGAUGGGUGUACCACAUCACCAGCACCUGGAUGAUCAUUGUGGUUAUCGCAUCUGUCUUCACUAAUGGGCUUGUGCUGGUGGCCACCAUGAAGUUCAAGAAGCUACGCCACCCUCUGAACUGGAUCCUGGUGAACUUGGCAAUUGCUGACCUAGCAGAAACCGUCAUUGCCAGUACCAUCAGUGUUGUGAACCAGCUCUACGGCUACUUCGUGCUGGGCCACCCUCUGUGUGUUGUGGAGGGCUACACUGUCUCCGUGUGUGGGAUCACAGGCCUCUGGUCCCUGGCCAUCAUUUCCUGGGAGAGGUGGCUAGUGGUCUGCAAACCCUUUGGCAAUAUGAGAUUUGAUGCCAAGCUGGCUAUUGUGGGCAUUGCCUUCUCCUGGAUCUGGUCUGCUGUGUGGACAGCCCCACCCAUCUUUGGUUGGAGCAGGUACUGGCCCUAUGGCCUGAAGACGUCCUGUGGCCCAGAUGUAUUCAGUGGCACCUCGUACCCUGGGGUGCAGUCUUACAUGAUGGUCCUCAUGGUCACCUGCUGCAUCAUCCCACUCAGCAUCAUCAUCCUCUGCUACCUCCAAGUGUGGCUGGCCAUCCGAGCAGUGGCAAAGCAGCAGAAAGAAUCCGAGUCCACCCAGAAGGCUGAGAAGGAAGUGACGCGCAUGGUGGUGGUGAUGGUCUUUGCAUACUGCCUCUGCUGGGGCCCCUACACCUUCUUUGCAUGCUUUGCUACUGCCAACCCUGGCUAUGCCUUCCACCCUCUGGUGGCUGCCCUACCAGCCUACUUUGCCAAAAGUGCCACUAUCUACAAUCCCAUUAUCUACGUCUUUAUGAACAGGCAGUUUAGAAACUGUAUCUUGCAGCUUUUUGGAAAGAAGGUUGAUGAUACCUCUGAACUCUCCAGCGCCUCCAAAACAGAGGCUUCAUCUGUCUCUUCAGUGUCUCCUGCAUGAAGUCA